UGAGCAAGCCAGGUCUCGGCGGGCCGGUGGGGGUUGCACUGCGGUAAUAUGGCUCUUCCUUAGCCAGCGGCGGCGGCGGCGGCGGCGGCGGCGGCGGCGGCGGGCGGAGGUGGGGUAGAGCAGUCGUGCCCCUCGGGUGGCGGGUGUCUGGGCUGCAGGGGCUCGGCGGGUCGCGGCUAGGCGGUGGUGGCGGAUGCCGGAGGAGCGCCGGCUCCGCCGCGUGGCGGCUCCUGGGUCAGGAUGAGCGCCUCAGGGUCGGUCGGGGGCCCGGUCCCCGCGCCGCCCCCGGGCCCGGCCGCCGCGCUGCCUCCCGGCUCUGCCGCGCGGGCCCUGCAUGUGGAGCUGCCGUCUCAGCAGCGGCGUCUUAGACAUCUUCGGAACAUUGCUGCCCGGAACAUUGUUAAUAGAAAUGGCCAUCAGCUCCUUGAUACCUACUUCACACUUCACUUGUGUAAUGCUGAGAAGAUAUAUAAAGAAUUUUAUAGAAGUGAAGUGAUUAAGAAUUCCUUGAAUCCAACAUGGCGGAGUCUCGAUUUUGGAAUAAUGCCGGACCGUCUUGAUACAUCUGUAUCUUGUUUCGUGGUGAAGAUAUGGGGUGGAAGGGAGGACAUCUACCAGCUGUUGAUUGAGUGGAAAGUCUGUUUGGAUGGGCUGAAAUACUUGGGUCAGCAGAUUCAUGCCCGCAACCAAAAUGAAAUAAUUUUUGGGUUGAAUGAUGGCUACUAUGGUGCUCCGUUUGAACAUAAGGGUUAUUCAAAUGCUCAGAAGAAUAUUCUUCUUCAGGUGGAUCAGAAUUGUGUUCGCAAUUCCUAUGAUGUCUUCUCUUUACUGCGGCUUCAUAGAGCCCAGUGUGCAAUUAAACAGACUCAGGUAACUGUUCAGAAAAUUGGAAAGGAAAUUGAAGAAAAACUAAGACUCACGUCUACAAGCAAUGAGCUGAAAAAAGAAAGUGAGUGCCUGCAAUUAAAAAUUUUGGUGCUUCGAAAUGAACUGGAAAGACAGAAGAAAGCUUUGGGAUGGGAGGUGGCAUUACUGCAUAAGCAACAAGUUGCAUUACAGGAGAAAGGGAGUGCAUUUUCGACGGAGCACCUUAAGCUUCAACUCCAGAAGGAAUCCCUAAAUGAGUUGAGGAAGGAGUGUACUGCGAAAAGAGAACUCUUUCUGAAGACCAAUGCUCAGUUGACAAUUCGUUGCAGGCAGUUACUAUCUGAGCUUUCCUACAUUUACCCUAUUGAUUUGAAUGAGCAUAAGGAUUACUUUGUAUGUGGUGUCAAGUUGCCCAAUUCUGAGGACUUCCAAGCAAAAGAUGAUGGAAGCAUUGCUGUUGCCCUUGGUUACACUGCGCAUUUGGUCUCCAUGAUUUCCUUUUUCCUUCAAGUGCCCCUCAGAUAUCCUAUAAUUCAUAAGGGAUCUAGAUCAACAAUCAAAGACAAUAUCAAUGACAAGUUGACUGAAAAAGAGAGAGAGUUUCCAUUAUACCCAAAAGGAGGGGAGAAAUUGCAAUUUGAUUAUGGUGUCUAUCUUCUGAACAAAAAUAUAGCACAACUCAGAUAUCAGCAUGGACUAGGGACUCCAGACUUGAGGCAAACCCUUCCUAACCUGAAAAACUUCAUGGAACAUGGACUAAUGGUCAGGUGCGACAGACACCACACCUCAAGUGCAAUCCCUGUUCCAAAGAGACAAAGCUCCAUAUUUGGGGGCGCAGAUAUAGGCUUCUCUGGGGGGAUCCCUUCACCAGACAAAGGACACCGAAGACGGGCCAGCUCAGAGAAUGAGAGACUCCAGUACAGAACCCCUCCUCCCAGUUACAAGUCAGCAUUAGCGCAGCCUGUGACCACCAUCCCCUCCCUCGGAGAAUCUGAGAGAAAGACAACGUCUCUGUCCUCCUCCCUCGAUACCUCCUUGGACUUCUCCAAAGAAAACAAGAAAAAAGGAGUAGAUUUGGGUGACAGCUUAAAUGGAGGCCCUGUGAGUGCGAACACUAGCCAAGAGCAAGGAGAAGCCCUGUCUGGACACCCAGCUACUGUAAACGGCACUCUCUUACCCAGCGAGCAGGCGGGCUCCUCCGGCGUCCAGCUUCCAGGUGAGUUCCACCCGGUCUCGGAAGCCGAGCUCUGCUGUACUGUGGAGCAAGCCGAAGAGAUCAUCGGAAUGGAAGCCACAGGUUUCACCUCAGGCGAUCAGCUAGAAGCAUUUAACUGCAUCCCAGUGGACAAUGCCGUGGCAGUGGAGUGUGACGAACAAGUUCUGGGAGAGUUCGAAGAGUUCUCUCGAAGGAUCUACGCACUGAAUGAAAACGUAUCCAGCUUCCGCCGGCCGCGCAGGAGUUCUGAUAAGUGAAGUGAGCAGACUGACUGUAGGACCAGGGCAGGGUCACUGCCUAAAAUGAAGAUACUGCUGCACUGGUUACCCUUUCUAAUAAUUAUGACAUAAAACGAAUAUUAAUGGAGGAUAUUCCUCGGAAAAACAGACUCUGUGAAUCGAGGAGGGACUCAGGAUCAUUGUGUAUCAGUGGGCCCGACAAAGUUAGAUUUUGCUUGCAGGAUUUGCUUUUCAGGCCUGAUGAUUGUUUUAAGGCAAAAGUCACGCUCUAGCUUGAGUCACCUUAUAGGUAUUUGUCUGCUUUUUUAUUUACACUUGUAUGUUAUCCUCAGAGGGAAGAUGAUAAUAUAUAAAUAAUAUAAUGAACUCACCUUUAGUUUCUCCUAAGCAUUUGCCCUCACCAUAGUUUAUAAAACUUUGGGAAAAUUGAAUAUUCAGAAAAAGAUUUCCACCAUUUACUGAAGGAUCUUUAGCCAUCCAUUAGGUUGACGAAUAAGAAGCACAAUGGUCUCCUCAUACCCAGAGCCAUCUGACCCUGCCCCUGCCCCUGCCCGCAGGCUCCACAGUCAACCUAUAGAUUCCACUGUUGCCCCAUCUUCCCAGUGGAUGGGUUGUGCAUCCUGAAAACUGAGGACAUCAGAUUCACUGGUUCUUUAUUGCAAUAGCCAUGACCUUCCACCUCCUCUAAUCAGCCAUACCCUUGAGAUGUAGCCCUCAGAUUAAAUGAAAAACCUCACCUCUGGUGGAUCCCAGAGAACCCUCCAGGACCCCAAGGUUACUACAGUCAGGUGGCAUCCCAGCGCCCUUUAGGGACCAAAGUUUUUAUGUGGGCGGAUGCUGCAGUCAAAAACUAGGCAUGCUUUCUGGCAGUGCACUCACCAGACAAAAAUCCCUAUGUAUAAAUCCCAUGUUAAUUUAUUAAAUUUCAUUUGAAAAGGAAGGCAUUGUAUAUGGUGAAAUAUUUGUAGAGAGUCAGGCUGUCCCGUGUACAAACUGUAAGGCAGUUGAGAUAGUUGGAUUAAAAGACUAGAUGAGGCAUAGAAUACUAUUGGUAUGUGUGCAAUUGCAUAAAUAUUAAAUUAUGUUUUUGAAGUCCAAUUGUCAUUCCUGGAGCUCACAUUUUAUUUGCUAUUGCUUUAUACUUUAUAUACCCAAGGACAUUGCCUCAGGGUUGCAAGCUCUUUAAGGAAAAUUUAUCCAUAUAUCCAUGUAUUGUAUAGAAGAAUAAAAAUUGAGUUUACUUCA